AACUCGUGGGAGGAAGCGCGUCGUCCUCAUCGUCGUCGUCGACAGUGGUACCUUGACAUUGCCCCCCUCAUGAAGUGAUCUUACUCCGUUUCAAUCAUCCCUACUCUUCGUUUCAUCGACCCCUUUCCAUCACGCUGUGGACGGGAGCAUAACGUAUUGGCCAUCUCCUCGGUUCAUUCUCUUGUCCACCUAGCCGUCACAACUCACUCAUGACAUCCCUAGAGAGAGAGAGAGAAUCCAUCCCCGCACCAUGAGCGUGAUCGCUGCAACACCGCACGAUCCUCAUACGGACUCCAUGCGAUCCACACCUCCACCUUCCACCACGGCGUAUACCAAUCACCCGCCACCAUUUCAUCACAGUAUCAGUAGCCCCGUCGUGGUCCCCUUCCCUUUCUACCAACCUCGUAAGAGGUCAUUCCACGACAUGCCGCAUACUCAAUCUUUCUCCGCUCUGGGACCACCGAGAUCAGACCUGUUGUCAACAGAGUCCGACUCACCUGGUCCAUCUGUCCCUCCUCCAGCGCCAAGACUAUCGUUCCAGGAUCUUCCAGCUGUAUCACCAGAAGUGACCAAUGGCGUCUUAAUCCCUGCUCAGCUGCCACCGACACCGGACCCCUCGCCGCCAAACAGCAAGGUCUUGUUUACGCCAGACGACUCGAUCAGCUUUGCAGAGAUCCCACGGCGAUUACCAUCUGAUCCUUCGCCUUCCGUCCAGAAGCCGCAUUCACCUCCAAGAUCCCGCGCCAUGACCAACGUUCCGAGACGACCGCCUAACGAGCAUCGACCAAAGUCCAUGGGCCCUCCUCGACCAGUGCGCAAGAGUCAGACCAUGAUGCAUCCCAGUUCCAUCCGAAUGGCAGAGAGCAGCAGUGCAGAUGGUCGACAUCGUCUCGGUACGCCAAUCGAGUCGCCAGGGUUUCCACGUACAAUGACAGCUCCGGCCGAUACAACGUUUGGUUCUGGCGAUGCCACACCGUCUGAGCUCGCCAGCCCUGACGGUCUAGAGGCCAAGGUCGUUUUGCUCGGCUCUCAAGGCGUCGGCAAGACAUCUCUCAUUCUCCGUUAUACUAAGGGCACUUUCAAUCUUGCACCGGCGACCAUUGGUUCGUCUCUCCACACCCGCAAACUCGUGCACUCUGGUGUCCGCGUCAAGCUUCAGAUCUGGGAUACAGCAGGACAGGAGCGUUUUCGGUCCAUGGCGCCGAUCUACUAUCGUGGAGCCAAUGUUUGUAUCCUCGUUUACGAUACAAAUGACAGACAGAGUUUUGAGGAUGUUCGAAGCUGGCUAGAGGAGCUGCAAAAGACGCUACCUAAAGAAACCGCGAUCUACAUUGUCGGUAGCAAAACGGACCUAGCAGCGCGAGAAGUCUCGAUCGACGAAGCCAAACGCAAGCUACAGAUCUGGCGUCGACCACAGCCGCGGGGUCUCCUCCGAUCCUCGUCCCUCGCCGCGCAUGAUCCUAUCAGUAGCCCAGCGACUCCCACUCGCUCACACUCAUCGUCUGCACUCGUCGCACUCAACACCGAAGCAGAGCCUUCCAAGCCUCCCAGUCGUGUGCCCUUUCCCUCGCGCCCAUCGCUCCAAAUUAUCCCGCCAUCGACCCUGCCAAGCUCCCCGCGAUCCACUAAAAUCUCUUUCGGCAAUAUGAAAUCUCCGACCAGGCCCACAUCUUCCACAUUCACCGAUCCUGUCGUACCGCUCAUGACCUCGGCCUCACAUGCCACAUCAGCCGGCCGCUUCUCCAUAUCUGGUGUCCUGGGCUACUCUCGCACGAAUAGCACUGGCAAUGCCGUCUCGACGCUUGCUCGCCUCGCUGAAGACUAUCCCGCUGCGCCGCGAGAUGAUAUCACGCCUGUCCGCCGUGUACGUAUUGAGUCAACUCCGCACAUGAUAGAUACUCGACGAAAGAGUGAAGACUGGUCCUCCCGACCUUGGCGAAUGGGUCAAGGACCAGGAGCAGCAGAAGCUCUCGGCGAAUUCGGUGCAGGUGUGCGUCGUCGUCAGUCCGGUGGAGACCUUCUUGAACCGGAAAGCCGACCAACCUCAAACUUUGGGCUCAAGAAUGGCCGAAUUCGUGCUGGCAGUGUCGGACGAGAUGUCAGACUGUACGACGAAUCCGCCGCGACGGAAGAAUGGGGAAUGGACGUGCUCGGUAUCCGACUGGGCGAAGUCAGCGCGUUGAACGGGCAAGGCAUCGACGCGCUGUUCCAAAGCAUCUCUGCUCUCCUCGUUGAAAAACGAGAAAAUAUAGAACGUGACCGUACGCUUCGGCGCAAAGACAGCGUCAUGCUUCUAGAUCUCUCCAAGACCGAUACGACCGACCAUAAGACGAAGCGGGGUUGCUGCGUCUAGCCGGUCUUCCCUCUCAUACCACUUUUCACGAUU